GAUGGGGAAAACGAAAACCCUGCUGCAUGCAGACCAGUGCACAUUUAGUUUCACAAAAACUUUCAGGUGCACAGUUCCCAACCAAUGUAUAGUACGUGUAUUAAUUCAUAAUUCUAGUUAUUAUGUAUUGUAGAUAUAGAGAAAACCUCAUUUAGUCAGUCAAGGCUUAUUGGAACUCGGGACCCUGGACUACCGAGGGAUGAAAAGUCUGAAUUAACUGUGGAGAGGGGAAUCUAAUUGUCCCAGUAUUCAUCAAAAUGCUGGAAUGGUGAAAUACAUCCAUGUAUCUCGUGUAGUGUGGCUGGCCGAUGUGACAUACCAUACCCUCACCCCAAAAGUACAUGUACGUAUCACGCUCAACAUGUUGCCUGGGGGCAAAGUGGCAAAUGGGGAAUGGGCAAAGUGUUGACAUGACAUCUGGCAGCAGUCAAUGCAUGAGAGAGAGGUUGUAUGUCAAUUCCUGAAGAUGUGUACACAAGUGUUGCAUUUCAACUUGCCCUAUAAGGCCUUGAAAAAACAGAUGCUAGGUUGAGAGGUACUGCUGUCCAUGCAUAUCACGAACUACACUGGAGGGAUAGAGGACCGAGUCGGCGUCAACGGUACUUAUGAGCAACCAUUUUCACUGUAUUGAGGAAGUCAGGGUUCUGCUGGAAACAUCACUGAAAAUGCCACAAUUUUAGAGCAUUGCAUAACCCAUGUGACCCGGAAAUGGUGACAUGCAAGACCAAGGUUCUCUUGGAAUCAGUGACUGAAUGAGGCAAAGGCAAGGUUUGAUCUUACGCUUGUAACACCCAAUGCUGAAUCUAUUUUUUCAACCUCUUCCGACAUUUUAACCAUGUUUAUUAGGAGGCUGUAACAUUCUUGUACCAUAGGACCAGGACAGACCUGUCCGUAUCACUCCUACAUUGACAUUUCAACGAUACAAUGCAAUUACAUGGAUAUCGUUUGCCUUACUUUUUCAAAGACUACAGUGAUACCAUUGCAUAUGUAGUGCCUUGAUAACCCAUCAGGAUCCUGGAACUCUAAGACAAGAAAAUCUGAGUGUGACGAAACUCACAAUUGUAACUACAAAAGCUAAACUGAACUGAGGCAGUCAAUCAGAAUGUCAUGAGAACCAUGACAGAAAGUAACAAACAUCAGCAGUGAAUUUUUCGAAUGCCAGUUGUGGUCUUGCCAAAUUUUAAAACGCAUCUUCACAGAGGAUAUCCCCUCAGAGGGCGUCCCACUUUGAAAAGCAGCUCCAACUGAAAUGAACUUCAGCAAGUGUAUUUCAACAUCUACUUGCCUGAAGAAAACGACGUACCAUUUUUGCCUGGAUUCAAGGAGGUGAGACACCAAGCAUGAACGAUAAUCUGCCACAGUUGAAGGUUGUGUUGCUGGGCAAGCCAUGUGGAGGGAAGACUUGUCUAAUGGAGAGGUUUGUCUGCAACAGAUUCCGCCACGAGGCUAAACCAACAUGUGGUGUAGCUUUUGAACUGAAGGACGUUAAAGUGGAUAGCCGGACAGUCAGGAUACAAAUCUGGGACAUUGGGGGAAGUGAACUGUACACGUCUAUCAGUCGGCUUUACUACCGAGGGGCUGGCGCUGCUAUAGUCUGUUAUGAUCUUACCAGUCCAACCAGCUUUGACAGGAUCAAGCUCUGGGUGGAACAGGUGAAAAGGAGCGAAGAGUUUUGCAAAAUUUAUCUGUGCGGUACAAAGCUUGACCUAGUGGAGAGGGGUAGGCUGCCGAGACAGGUGGACAGUGACGUUGUGGCAGAUUACACGGAAGAACUUCAUGCAGAAGUCUUUGAAACUUCAAGUAAGACUGGUUACAAUGUCAGAGAUCUGUUCUUGAAGGUUGCCAAAGAUUACCUCCAUGACGGCAAGCACAUAGCUUACAUUGAUAGUAGACAAGAAGAUGGAGAGGAUAUAGCACUCCUGGGAAACAACAAACGUAAACGAUGUGGCUGCUGCCCCUGGUAGCCGGUCACAACAUGCACACAUCCAGCUAGAAUCACAACAAGUGCCCCUGUCCGAUGCGUCGGCAUCCUGUCAAUGGUGUUAUAGGUGGUCUUUAAUAAGACCAAAUUGAAAUUAGUAUUAACUUUCGCAGGAAAGGAUACAAACUGAUGCCUUUCAGAUUCUCUAUCAAUGUUUAGAAAAGGGAAUGAAAGUCAUGGGAUGGAUUCAGGAUUUUUUGUUGAGGGGUCUUCAAAUGUUUAGAUGGGGGGAGGGGGUUGUGUUACGGUAUUCGUCAUCAUUAUUGGGGCCCUUUCAACUCUUUGUUUUGCUCUUAAACAAAUGCCCAAAUAAGACCCCUACGUUUUUUUUCUUUGUUGAGGAGCCGGCAUCCUCUAGAUCCGGGCGUCAAAAAGAAGUAGGAGACGAGCGGGGUGACCUCGACCCUGUCCGCUGUGUAAUUUCUUCAUGCGACCCUGUAUGGCCUCUCUGGGUGGUUGAGACUAAAUGUUAGGGGCUUUUUCACAUACCUUUAGAUGGAAGGGCAAGAAAAUUAUCCCUUAACGCUUCUCAUAUCUAAAAAAAAAAAAAAUAAUUGCUCUCUUUUGAGGGGGCGUGGCCCCCGUUGCCCUUCCCCUGCUGUAUGAAAUUACCUUUAAAGAGAACUUACGCAACUCUAGUAUCUUGUAAAAACAAUGAAAUUUAUUUUUAUAUUGCAUGUUUUGUACAUUACUCCUUUUUUCGUAGACUGUAAUAUUUUUGGAUUGUUUUCUUUACUUGCUCAAAGUGAGCAAUCAUUGUAUGUUUCAUUAUAUUUCCAGUGCUGAACACAUGUACCUUUUAAAGUUGUAGUUUUAUUCUAUUUAGAGGAAAAAUGUCCUCCAUGUCUGCAUUACUUUUGGUUAACCGAACUUAAAAAAGCGUAGGUCCUUAUCGAAUCUUCCCUCUCACAAAUUCUUUAUUCUAGAUCUGUUACUUCAAUAAACCUUUUGCAAAUUAAAUUUGAUUACAAUCUGGUACACAGACUUAUCUGAUUACAUGAUACAUAAUUUGAAUUCCCCAGACUAAAGACACUGUUGCUAUACCGCGUGAUUUGGGGCUAAGUUCUGCAUAGCGACCACCAUCUCGGAAAUGGGCUGGUUCCUUUGUGCCCUUCUUGUCCAUUGGAAGCAGCGUAUUGGUGCAAGGUGUCUCUUAUGUAAUUAAGCAAAAGCCUGCCCUGAAUCACAAAGUUAGGGAUAGAUGUCUUUAGUAUGGAGAAUUCAAAUUCUUGUGUUCAUGGAAUUCAAAGAACUCCAUGUACCAUAUUUUAUUCAAAUUUAAUUCGCAAAAGGUUGAUUACUUCAGCAGCCUCAGACGAUUCACAUCUCUCACAAAUAAAUAUACAUGUAAUUGUAAUUUCAAUUACACUGGUAAUAAAUUAGUCAAUUUGAGAUAAUGAUGUCAGUGGCUUA